CUGCGAGGAAGGUGAGCGCUCAUUCCCCGGGCUGGCGGUAGGCGGAUGUUGGGCUGCCCUGAACGCUGCGCGGGGAGGGGUGGUGGCGGCGCCUGUGGGCGAAGAGUGGGCCAAUUUUCCAAGGCUUGGAGCAAAAAGUGGCCUAUACCCUUUGAAAAGGUUGCUGCUGCUUCUCCUAGCUGGAAACAUGCCGCUGUCUGAGAGCAACGUCCCACGACCUGCUUGCAGCCGGAAGCUUUGCAAAAACCUCUUUGGAUCAGUCAAUCAUGAACAGCUGCAGAAGGACUUCCAGUCCUUGAUGAGAACCCAGCUAGAAGAGGCCCGGCAGAAGUGGAACUUUGACUUUGAAACAGAAACCCCACUUGAAGGCCCCUACAAAUGGGAAAAGGUAUCCCAUCUAAAGAUGCUGCCAUCUCAAGACCUGCUGAGCUACACAAAGGAGAACUGUACUGGGGAAAAAAGCUUGAGCUCCCCAGUGCUCCUCAAGAUGCAACCAAAGACAGAGCAACCAGUACCGGUGGGUCUUGAGGCCUGCCAGACUGGCUCUCCAAGAUGUUUGAAACGAAAGCAGACAAGUAUAAAAGACUUCUACAGCUUGAAGAAGAGAACUAUCCCUUAUAAGUCAAACCCGUGAGCAUUACACUACAAGCAAAAUAGGUCCAUGUGGUCUCUUGGCUGAAGAUGCUGACCUGUCUUCACCACUGUUGCGGGGAAUGGCUUACUUGGAUACAAUCCUCAGUGGAGUCACCAGGAUGCCUAUUUGAAGGGUGGCCAAUCAGAGUUGGGAUACCUGCCCUGAAACUUCACAGUCCUCUUUUAUUAUGAACCGUUUAGUGGACUAGUGUAACACUUCAGAAGGAUGUAGAAUUCUUUUAUUAUUUUUGAUAGCACUGGAGCUUUGUGUGCAAUGGAAUAUUGUAAAGCCUUAAGAUAGACUUAAAUAUUGCUGGGGAAAAAUGUAUCUACAGUGCUGAGUUGAGGGGGUGGGUAUGAUAGAUGCAGGAAUUAACUGCUGCAAGAUCUUGUGGCCAAUAUUCUGUCUAGCAACUCAGCCACUUGCCUCCUUUCAUAUAUUUGCCUCAGGUAAAAGCUUGGUUGUGGUAUGAAUACUUUGCUGUGCAAGGCCUAAAAUAACAGUAUCUGUAAGGAUAGUGCUUUCCUAGGUCUGCGAUCUUACUGUGUUUCCUUAUGCUAGGCUGAAACAGACACGGUGAGGGGGGAAAAAAAACUUCUCUGGUCAAGCAAGCAAAUCGUAAAAUUGCUUUUCUGAAGAUAAAGACCUUGUUAUGCUGAGUUCAGAUACAUCACACAUUAAUAAUGGAAGGAUGUUGAGUGUGUAAUCACUACAGCCUUGAUGUAGCACUUUCCCUGGGCACUUCCUGCCAUUGUGGAACAGUUCAAUAAUACUGUUAAGCCAGAUCACACAAGACACUAGGCUGAGGGGAAUGUGUCAGCCAUGGAAGCCAUAAAUCUGAGCUCUGAAACAUACCUUGCUACGUUCCUACCAUAUAGCAGAGCACAGGCUUGCUGGUAUAGUUUUGCCAGCAAAGCUACCCAGCUUGGCUUCUGUGGUACAAAACUUCUAGCAUACUGUUAUGUAGCAGUUAGUGAGCAAGAAUAAUGUGGGUUUGGCUCACAGUGGGAGCUAACAAGGGAUGACGUGUUUGUGCUGCUUGACUUCCUAUUGCCUCAUCUCUCUGGCGUGGAGCACUUUUGACAAAGGAUGAUAAAGUACUUAGUUUCCAUAACUUCCAUAACUACCUAUGAUCCUGCCAGCUCUCCUCAAAGGGGGAUGCCUUUUUAGGCUAGCAGUCACAUCACUUCAAACUACAGCUCUAAGUACUUGGUGUGAGAGAAUGCCAAUGGUAGACUUUCCUGUUGGAAGUUGGGGAUAGCACUCCAGUUCCUUCUGGUACCUGAUCGUCAAACUCCCAGAUCUUUGUAAACAGAGUAACACUAGAAUCAAAAAUGCUGGUUCUAGAAAUUCAAAAACAAACCUCUCAAAGGGCAGUGUGUAUGCCAGGUCUAUAAUUUUGCCAAAUUAUUAUGGGUUCCUCACCUCUAUGCUGUUGGAAUAACUUGAUGGAGACAGUAUUUCACUAUGCAAAUCUUGUGAAGCCUGAUGCAUUUGGGGAAGCUGCUGCUUUUCUACCAGAGUAAGUAGAAGCUGGAGCAGGUGUUCAGGCCCUGCAGUUCCAUUUUUAGUUGAACAGUGCUCUUCAUUUGACUGCCGUCUGCCUUGCUGAGGGGGCCAACCACUGGGGAAAUGUUCUGCUUGAGUUAAUUCUGACUCGUGGAAUUGAUCAUGGGUAAACCACACUGGGGUGGUGGUGCAUUGCUGUGAGGCCUCCAUCACCUUUUUGACACUGGGUGAUGGUUGGGAACAUAAAUGACAAGAUGCGCUGCAUGUUGCACAGGCUUGGAAUAAGGGAGGGGAAUGUCAGAGCAGCAGGAGCUGAAGUAUGAGCAGCCAUCUAAGGCUUCAAAAAACCAAAUCCGGCUUGUGGAAGCAUUCCUGGAUGGGCUGCAAAGCCUUGGUUGGUUUAAACAUGAAGCACAAGUUUGCAUGGUUACUGUGAGGGCGGCGUCACAAGUUUGCUUACGAGACUGAAAAGCCCAUGACUUUGGGGAUGCAGUGUCAUCUGUACCAUGCAUGCAGGUAUGUGGUGUCAAAGAGCUGUUCUUUUGGAAGCACAGCAUCAGCCACUUAAUCAUGUAAGUUUGCCUAUGGCCCUCUGACCUUCUCGGUUAGAGCUACCAUGGAUGGGUCUGGCCAUUUCAAUUGUUGCACUUUUACAUUCAGGGUAAUGCUAAUAAUGUUCAAGCACUAAUCCAUUUGUCAAUAUGAUGCUGCUGAACUGACUAAACCUAGGGCUUCAAAUAAAGCCACUUCAUAAUGGAA